UACAACAUUUGAUAAUGACAGGAAAACCGUCGGUAAGGAUUAUAUUGGGUGACAGUCGACGAGAACAGCCUUGACAUCGUUUUUCUUUAACUGUACGCUAACGUCUUUUUUUUAGUAUCGUCCCCGGUAUUUUGCAGCUUUAUAUAACAUCUUGAUUUUCACAUGUCUAGCAUACCACCCUCAUCUCGGUGCGUAAAAUGGCGCUUUGGCUGCGAACACAAACGGACGCUUCUGUUUUUAUUUUUCUGUCUCAACCAUUUGGUCAGCGGACAUAUCCGAUAUUCAAUCCCGGAAGAGAUGAAGAAAGGCUCCCUAAUCGGUAAUGUAGCGCAGGACCUUGGCUUGGAUCUGAAAAGGCUCCGCUCUGGUCGGGCCCGCAUUGUGACCGGAGAGAGCAUCCAGUACACCGAGCUGAAGACAGACAAAGGGAUUUUAGUGGUGAAUGAGAGAAUGGACCGGGAGCAGCUUUGUGGAGACGUGACGCCGUGUAGUUUUAGCUUCGAGGUGAUUUUAGAGAACCCAAUGGAGUUACAUCAGAUUACUGUUGAGGUAACUGACAUAAAUGAUCAUUCUCCAACCUUCAAUAGAGACGCCAUUCAAUUUGAAAUAAGCGAAUCAGCAAACUCUGGUUCUCGUUUUUCAUUGACAAGUGCAGAAGAUCCAGAUGUGGGCCUCAAUGGACUUAGAGAAUAUUUUCUCACCGAGAAUGAGAAUUUUGUUUUGAAACAAAACUCUAAUGCAGAUGGUAAGAAAUAUGCCGAGAUGGUGCUUCAGAAACCAUUAGACAGAGAGACGAACCCCAAUCUGUCUCUAAAGCUCAUAGCUGUAGACGGUGGAAGUCCGCAGAGAUCUGGUACGGUAAAUAUAAAUAUAUCUGUUUUGGAUGUCAAUGAUAAUGCGCCUAUAUUUAAUCAAUCUGUGUACAAAGCUGCAGUCAUGGAAAACUCUCCAAGAGACACGUAUGUUACCACUGUUAAUGCGAGUGACGCAGAUAUUGGAUCGAAUAGUUUAGUAACGUAUUAUUUUUCAGAUCUUAACAGUGGUAUCACCGAUUUGUUUGCAAUUAAUGAAAAAACUGGCGUCAUUAAAAUAACAGGUUUAAUUGAUUAUGAAAACAACAAAAAACACGAAGUCCGUAUCGACGCAAAAGAUCAGGGAGGUUUGACAGAUUCAAGCAAAGUCAUAAUUGAAGUGACAGAUGUAAAUGACAACGCCCCCACAAUAAGUGUGAUGUCGUUCACUAGUCCUGUGUCAGAAGACUCUCCACCUGGUACAACUAUUGGCAUUAUUAACGUAAAGGAUCUUGAUGCAGGUGAUAACGGAAAAGUACACUGUAGAUUAGAACAGAACGCGCCAUUUAAGAUUAAAUCUAAUUUAAGAAAUUACUACACUUUGGUAACAGAUACUGUAUUAGAUCGUGAAACUGUUUCAGAGUAUAACAUCACAAUUGUUGCUACGGAUGCAGGAAUGCCUCCUCUCUCAUCUAAAAGAACAUUUUAUUUAAAACUCUCUGAUGUGAAUGAUAAUGCUCCACUAUUUUCGGAAGGUGCUUACAGUGCAUUUAUUGCAGAGAAUAAUGCGCCAGGGGUUUCACUUCUUACUGUUAGGGCUAAAGAUCCUGAUGAAAACCAAAACGCCCGUGUAUCUUAUAUUCUGGAAGAUGCUUACAUUGGUGGAUCCCAUCUCUCAGAAUAUAUGUCUAUUAAUUCAGAAAGUGGAGUGUUACAUGCAGUACGCUCCUAUGAUUAUGAACAAAUUAAACAGCUUCAGCUAGUAGUUAAAGCGCAGGAUGGAGGCUCCCCUCCACUCAGUAGCAACGUGACUGUGAAAGUAAUGAUCCAGGACCAGAACGACAACCCUCCUCAGGUUCUGUACCCGGUGCAGACUGGAGGCUCUCUGGUGGCUGAGAUGGUUCCUCGUUCAGCAGAUGUGGGCUAUCUGGUCACUAAAGUGGUGGCUGUUGAUGUGGACUCUGGACAGAACGCCUGGCUCUCCUAUAAGCUGCAGAAAGCCACAGACAGGGCGCUGUUUGAAGUGGGCUUACAGAAUGGAGAAAUAAGAACUAUCCGUGGAGUCACUGAUAAAGAUGCUGUGAAACAAAGACUGACUGUGAUAGUGGAGGACAACGGGCAGCCCUCUCGUUCAGCUACAGUCAUUGUUAACGUGGCGGUGGCGGACAGCUUCCCUGAAGUGCUGUCUGAGUUCACUGACUACACACAAGACAAGGAGUACAAUGACAACCUGACCUUCUACUUAGUGUUGGCUUUGGCUGUAGUUUCCUUCCUCUUCAUCACGUGUUUAGUGGUUAUUAUAUCGGUGAAGAUCUACAGAUGGAGACAGUCUCGCGUCCUGUAUCACUCCAAUCUCCCUGUGAUUCCGUAUUAUCCACCACGUUACUCAGACACUUUGGGGACACGGACUCUCCCACACGUGUACAACUACGAGGUGUGCAGGACGAAUGACUCCAGAAAGAGUGACUGUAAGUUCGGCACAGUCGGUAGUCAGAACGUGCUGAUAAUGGACCCCAGUUCUACAGGAACGAUGCAGCGGAUACAAAGUGAGAAGAACAUCCUGGAUGAACCAGACUCUCCUCUAGAGGUUAGUUAAAUAAUUGAGCUUUGAUUGUUUCCGGCUUUUGUACUAUGGUUGUAUUUACGUCAAAUGAUAACCUGCGUUGCUCCCCACACGUAGACUUUCAGAACCAUGGACAGCAUCUUUCUUGGCUUUUCAUGACUCCAGUGCUGCUGUUUUGCUAAUUCUGCUUACAUUUACAUUUGUAUAGUUAAUGUACUCGUUUUUAUAAAUGUUUACUACCUA